AUGUUAAAAGAACUUAUAAACAAACUUUUCUCUGAGAAAAGUCAAUUGAUUUAUCUUCAUCUUGAUAUUGCCAAUGAUAUAUAUGAUAUUGACAUUCAUCAAUGUUUAUCAUCAUCAGCAUUCUCUUAUCCUUGUUCAAGAACGAUUUUCAAUAAAUUUCAAUCGUCUUGUCUCAAUCUUCGUUAUUUAUACAUUCGUCUGAUUUAUACAUGUUUCCUUGAAGAUAUUAUCGAACAUGUACCAGUUCUUGAACAAUUGUCAAUCGAUUUUAAAAGUUCAAUGAAUAUGGAACCGCGCUCGAAGUCAGAUAUUGAAAUACUUAUAAAAUCAAAUGGAAAUUGGUUUAAUAAGGUACCAAAAUUAGAAUAUUUCAGUUUAAAAUGUUUAGUUUAUGAUAAUUUACAAAUCAGCUAUUUAAAAUGGCUUUUGAAUAAUGUUAAUCAUAUUCGAAAGCUUAAAAUUCGUCUUGGUAGCAAUGAAGUAUCGAAUAAAGAGACAAUUAUUUGGAAUUCGCUCGUUGAUGCUAAUUUUAUCCGUCAAUAUUGUAUGCCUGAUAUAGAUAAGAAUUUAAUUAAUUUCGAUUUUUAUAUCGCUUUUAAAUGUCAAUCAAAAUCGAUUAAUAUUGAAAAAAUUCUAAAUUCAUUUCAAAUCCAUCGACUUUUUAUUGAUCGUCAAUGGACAAAUGUAACGUGUUUCUUUGAUCCAAUUCUCUCAUAUCAACAUCUUUCUUCUUCUCCUAUUAAUAAACCUGAAUUUUAUGAUGGUUUACGUUAUUAUCCAAACUUUUCUACUUGGCCACAUAUUCGAACAAUUUCUAUUGAUUUACAUGCAUCGAUUUAUUUAUUUAUUGAACGAUUUAAUCAGAUAUUUCCCAAUGUUUGCUACAUAAAAGUACAUAUGAGUAAGUAUUGUUCUCCUUUCAUAUGUCUUAUUAAUUAUAUAUAUGUUAGGUCUGACAAAAUGUUCUAAUAACAUGAAAAAUAAAAAUCUCGAUAUUUGAAGAUAUUUUUAAUAUCUAUCUAUAUAUAUAAUGUUCAGUGUGUGUGUGUGUCUGUGUGUUUCUCUGCCAGGUCAAAGGGGAAACGUGAAAAAUUAAAGGUUAAAGGUUAAGGUUUCUAGCAUUUCCUAGUACGUUGGAAAACUAUGUGAACGUUGGUAGAAGUUUCUAGAAUGUUCUCCAGAACAUUGUAGAAAUUUACCUAAGAACUCUAUACAGAGGUCAAAGGUUAACGGUCAAAGAUUAAAGGUCAAAUAAGGCUAUAAAUGGAAGGCGCCAAGGGCUACUAUAUUCGGGUGCCAUAGGUCCUCAAAGGCUGUCCUAUGAGGUAAUCAUAGAUUCUCAAGAGCUAUUAUAUGGGAGUACCAAUAGGCUCUGCAGGUAGUAAGAGAAUCUUCUAUACAUAUAAUAUUCAGUGUUUGUCUGUGCCCGGUCAAAGGUGAAAUAAGAGUAUAGACGGGUAAGGCUAUAAGGGGUAAGGUUAUAGAGGGGUGGACUGUAAGGGGGGAGGAUAAAGCUAUAGAAGGGUAAGGCUAUAACAGGGUAAAACUAUAAAGAGAUAAGACUACAGAACGGUAUGGCUAUAACUGGGUAAGGCUUAAUGGUAUAAUGGUAUAGGGGAUAAGGAGAAAAGGCUAUAAGGGUAUAAGGGAUAAGGGAAUAGGGCUAUAAGGCAAUAAGGAGGUAAGGCCAUAAGAAGAGUAAGACAGCAAGGGGAUCAGACUGUAAGGGGUGACGCUAUAGGGGAGAAAGCUAUAAGCGGGGCAAGGUGAUAACGCGGUAGGACUAUAAGGGAAUAAGGCUAUAAAGGGAUAAGCCUAUAAGGCCGUAAGGCGACAUGGGCUAUUAGUGGUAUAAAGAUAUCACGCAGUAGGGCUUCUAUGUCCAUAAUGUUAAGUGUUUGUGUGUCUGUUACCGAGUGAAAGGUUAAAGUUUUGAGAUUGUACGUUAAAG